UGCUCAAUUGAAAGGAUACUGUUCGUUUACAGUAUGCUAAAAUUAACUAAUAGUAUAUACUCAUUAAGUUUGUCGUACACAGUAAACUAGUAUGGGUUUUCGAUCACAGCUUUGGUGCUUGCCCCAGUUUACUCUAUUUACAAAACGCCGGCAAGGUGCAUUGUCCUGGGCUGCAAACUACCAGUUCCCACUCUUUUCCAAAAGACUACAUCGUAUUCCGAAAAUUGGUGGAAUUCGCCUCCUUACAAGAAAGAGAAUGGCGUAUUGAACGGCACUCUGAUAUGCGAGGCUCAUUUCAGCAAAMAAUGUUUUCGACUCCAUACACCGAGAAAGAGAUUGUUGUGGGAUGACGCGUUUCCCACGAUUUGUCCCAGCGAUAGCCCGAGCAGAACCGAUACUUCUUCACCUUAUGUUCGCCAAAAGGACGAYAAGAAGCAACACAGACCGAACKAAGAAGUUCAGGAUAGACCACGCWUGGGUUAUUCUGUUAUACAGAACAGCAGGGAGCCGAAACGGUGAGCAGAGAGUUAAUGAUGGAGGCMACGUCACMUCAACGUACUGAGCGUCACUUCUGAUAAGCCAAAGAAAGGCUCCCGAGGAAAAACUGUUACAUUAUAGCAGAUUUUUGCUAUUUCAUCAAAUUAAACGAACAACAAUCAGGCAUAAUCUAUCUAGUCACGGAAAUAUGGAAUGUGUGUUUCAUUGGCUUUUUGAAAAUUGAUAGUGAGCUCCAGUCAAUGGAAGCCGUGAUGGAGGUUAAGGAGUCAGAGACAGCCAUMAUGGGUUUUAAGGAGUCAACGGAAGCCACAAUGGACGUUAAGGAGUCAAUUUCARCCGCAAUGGACGUGAAGGAGUCCAUGUCAGCCAUGAUGGAAGUUAAUGAGUCAGAGUCAAAAGAAGCCGUUGUGGACAUUAAGGAGUCACAGGGAGCUGUUAUGGAACUCAAGAGGCAGUCUUCCUCCUCUGGCGGCCAGGGGCGGGACAGAGACCGGGAGUCGGACAGCUAUCUCCAGCACCUCCAGUGUCCACACUGUCUGCUCCAGUGUAAGAGCCACUGCAGCUACCUCAUCCACAUCGCUAAGAUCCACCCAAGCCGCCUGGAUGACACGCCUGUGGGUCGCCUGGGCAACGCCAUCUUCUACCAGCGCACGGAGGCUGUUCCACUGCAGCGUGUGUUUCACACGGCCAGGGAGUUCCCUCGACUCUACGACCACCUGCUCAUGCCACUGCCUCUCUGGAAGGUGAGCCAAGGCAGAAGAGGAGAUGAGGACAAAGGAGGAGUGAAGCAAGAGGAGGAAGGUAGGAAAAGAGGACUAGAGAUGGAGGGAGGCGAGGACAACGAAGAGGAUCCCGCUCAGCCGGCAGCCCAUGAAACGAAAGAGAAGCUCUACGGCAGGCAGUGA